AUGAUACCACCUCCUCCUCCACGACGAGUCUCUUACGUGAUCCCGACGCCGACCGCUCCUCCACCCCUUCUCGCUCUCCCUCCUCUCUCCGUACCCAGACGAGGGGAAACGACGCCUCUCUUUUCCUUCACCGGCGAGUAUGCAGUCCAGUCCCGACACAAAUACUCGCAAGGCGACGACGCCCAUCCUCGACAUCGCCUCGCCGUGCAGGCACUCGCCCUCGACUUUUCUACACCGCUCUCGCAUCCCGACGGAACGGAUGGCGAGCACGAGACGCCUGGCGGCAUCUUGUACACAGGAGGAAGAGACGGCUUGUUGUGCUCCUGGGAACUGGGCUUGCCGACGAAGGCGCGGAGACGGCCGUACGGACGAGGGGACCUUGAGGACGAGGAGGACCUGGCGGACAGCGACGACUUCGAUGACGUUGUUGCCGCGACAAGCGCACUUGAGCUCGAGGGCGUCGAGCCUCGGCGGCCCAGCAAAGCGCGAGCCUUUUCGACUUCGACGGCCGCCACGGGUCGACUGUCUUUGCGAAACGGUCAGACGAACGGCGACAGUCCGCCAAUCCCGCAUCAGGACCGAUGGCAGAUCGACGAAGACGGUCUGAAGCGACUGAGCUCUCCGCCAAAAGCCCGCUUUCACCAGUGCAUCCAGUCUCACACGGACUGGGUCAACGACAUUGUCCUCGCCAACUACAACCGCACGCUCGUUUCCGCCUCUUCCGAUUCUCUCGUCCUCGCCUGGAACCCGCAUUCGCAAGAUCAUCAAGAGCAACUCACGCCUACGCCCAUUGGACGACACGCCGACUACGUUCGAUGCCUCGCGACUGGGCGGGACUCGACCUGGGUGGCAAGCGGAGGCUUCGACAGGAAGAUCAAGCUCUGGGACAUUGGCGAGGGAAGGCCGAGCUCGCCGCUUGUCGAGCUUCCCAGCCCUCCUGGCUCGAUCUACUCGCUCGGUACCACGCCGUCCGGCUCGCUUCUCGCAGCGGGAACGCCUGAACGAGUUGUGCGAGUCUGGGACCCUCGCUCGCAGAAGCAGGUUUCGCGACUCGGCGGUCACACCGACAACAUCCGUGCCGUCCUCCUGGCUGAGGAUGGGAAAUGGCUCCUCUCUGCGUCUUCCGACUCGACCGUCAAGCUUUGGUCGCUCGCCGCGCAGAAGUGCUUGCACACCUUCUCGCACCACGCGAGCGCGGCAUGGUCGCUUUUCUCGCAGCAUCCCUCGCUCGAGGUCUUCUACACCGGCGACCGCGAUGGCAAUCUCUGCAAGAUUGACAUCGAGGGUACGGGCGAUCCGGCCGAGGGCGAGUGCAUUGUCCUCGCACGAGAUGGUCCCGACGAUCCGAGCGACAGGACCGGCAACGAGGGCAUCACGCAGAUGGUCGCGCAGGAUGACUGCUGGGUCUGGGCGGCGGCAGGAGGCAGCGGCGUCAAGCGGUGGAAGGAUGUGCCGCGCAAGAUGAACCGGUCGAGGGCGAUCUUGCGCAAUGCGAGGGAGAAUGGCGAGUUGGCGGUCCCGGAGGAUCGAGCUGUCGAGUCGCCCGUACCGCUGUCGACGUCACCUAUGGCGAUUGCCGCAUCGCCUUCACCUACUCCUCCGUCUCCGACAUCGCCGCCCUCUAGUCCCGAGCGAGAACGACCAACGCCUACAGUUUCGUUCCUCGAAGGACUCACCUCGCCGCUCAACCGAACGUCCUCCUCGCCAACUCCUCGCUUGCCGCUGACGGGACAAGGUGUCGCGCCCACGCAUCGUCCGUCUUCGCUGCGCACCCCUCGUCAAUCUCUCGCGUCAGCCACCCGACCUUCCUUCGACCAAAGCCUCUCGACCAGCUCUACAACCUGCUGCGACAUUCCCUACGACUCCCUCGUUCCGCUGACGCUUCCCGAAGACACGUACUUCGCGCCCGCCUUCAUCCGCCACUAUCGCGACCCGGAUGCCGCAACCAUCUACUCCACCGUCUCGGGCAUCUCUGGCGGUCCUCAUCGCCCUCAUCUCGUCGCAGCAUCCUCUUCGUCCUACCGACGAGCACAGAGCAUCGUCGAGACGACUCACGACGCGACGAACAUCGCUCAACGCGACUACUUCGACCGCGAGUCCGCCGCCGAAGCCGUCCCUUUGCGAACGUCGCCGGACGACAUGAUCGAGGGCGGCUACGGCUUGAUACGCAGCGAGCUGCUGAAUGACCGCCAGCACGCCCUUACGCAAGAUGCGGACGACGAGAUCGCUUUGUGGGACAUCAUUCGCGGAAUCUGCGUCGGUAUCUUCCCCGCGAAGGACCUGAAGGACGCGCUUGCGAAGCGUCGUCCGUCCGAUGCCGGAUCAACGUCGGCGUUGAGCGUCGCAAGCUCAGGUGGACACGGCUACGACCUGCUCGACUACGUGCGCGAGCGGAUCGAGGGCGAAGUUUCGAUCGCUCCCUGGUGCAAGUGCGACACUCGCAUCGGCUCCCUCACGAUCCACCUCGACGAGACACGCGUCUUCGACGCGGAAGCCUACAUCGACGAAUGCGGCGUCGGCCCCUCCGACGACUUCCCGCCCGACCACCGCCUGUCGCUCGGCAAGUGGGUCCUGCGGCAGCUCUUUGAUGGCUUUAUUGAAGCCGAGAUGGCGCUGCGGGCGCCCACAGGUGCUCCUCCGCCCAGCGCUCUGUUCGGCAACGACGCUCCGCUGGGCGACACUACCCCUACGCCCAGCUUCAUCCCUCUGCCGAGCGUCACCUCUCCGCCGACCGCCCUCCCGAAGGGCUCUCGAACACCCGGCAUGACGAUCGCGCUCGCCACGCCCGCCACCAAGCGAGCCGUUCUGCCCGACUUGCCACCUCUCGCCAUUCCGCCGACUUCGCCUCGUAAUCACGGCGCGGAGCUUGAGCCGAUCCCGCAAUCGCCUUUCGUACAGACGCCGGUACCUGCCGGUGGCCGUACGCCGACGCUCGACCGCCCAGAGGGCGACUACUUCUCGCUGCGCCCGUCCGUUCCGCCUGACUCGGCCACGUCCGCGCCGCUCGCCUCGCCUACGAUGAGCUCGCGGACAAGCGAGCCACCAACGCCGAACGCCACCAGCGUACCGCUGCCCACGCCGGGAGGCACCCUCAUGGGUCGGCUUCGCUUCCUCGGGAAGAACUCGAAGAAGGCAUCGGCACAGGCCGACUCUCAGCCUGCUGCAGCUCCUGUUCUCCCGCCUGUCGUUCAUGACGGACGCUCGCUGGAAGAGCAGCAACAGCAGCAGAUCCUCGACACCGUCUUCGCGCGUCCGCUCGCGCCCUGCCCCUUCGUGGAGGCGCCGCCCAUCCAAUACGCUCCCGACAUGGCGAUCAUCAUCUCGGAGGAGACGGGCGACGCCUGGAGCGUCAAGUACCGCGGUCUCGUCGGCACGAGCUACGAAGACAUGGGCGUCCUCGAGCAGAAGGCUCCGCUGUGGCUACUUGACUUCUUGCUUGGGAAUCGCAUUCCGGCGAAGGAGCCAGUCAAGGUGUCGUUCAUCUUGCAGCCAUGGAAGGGCGAGGGAUACCAGAGCUUGCCAGAGCUGCCCAACAACAACGCCCGGCUCACAGCGAACCGCAGUCUCCGCGUACACAAGGUCUGCAGCUACGUCGCCGACAAGCUCGACUUGCGCCGACCUUCUCGCGCUCCGUCGAUCAUGGACGGCGGCGCUGCAUCAGCCGAGCCGAGUGCGCCGCAAUCACCUGCACCGGCGGUCGGGUUCACCCUCUACGGCGACGUGUUCAAUCCAGAGAAGGAGAUCGAGAUCCUCGUCAAUGGCGAAGUCUUACCGACGAACGUGACGCUCGCAACGGUCCGGCAUUGUAUGUGGAAGAGCGGCGGCGAUGUUGUCUUUACUUACCGCUCGAAGAAGCACUCGCCGGACGAGGAGUAG